GUAUACGUUCCUCCCUUCAAGUUGGCACGCAUGCAGAAGGAGAUAGAGGACAAGACGAGUCCGGAAUACCAGCGGCAAACUUGGGAGGCCUUGAGGAAGAGUAUCAACGGUCUCGUGAACAAAGUCAAUGUGGGCAAUAUCAAGAACAUCGUGGAGGAGCUUUUUCAGGAGAACUUGGUCCGUGGUCGUGGACUGCUAGUGCGCGCUCUGAUACGAGCGCAGAUGGCAUCUCCUGGUUUCACCCACGUGUUUGCCGCACUUCUCGCGGUGAUCAACUCGAAGCUGCCUGAAGUGGGAGAUCUUCUGAUCCGGCGAGUGAUUCUGCAGUUUAGACGUGCCUAUAAAAGGAACGACAAAAUUGUCACGACGGCUGCCAUCCGCUUUAUGGCUCACUUAGUGAAUCAGAAGAUUGCUUCGGAGCUGUUGGCGCUCCACGUGGCAACGCUGCUGUUAGAGCGUGUCACGGAAGACUCCAUCGAAGUCUGCGUCAGCUUUUUGCAGGAAGUUGGACAAGCACUGGAAGAGCUGUCCAAGGCUGGAUGCCAGGCUAUCUUCGAACGGUUCCGUACCAUCCUCCAUGAAGGCGAAAUCGACAAGCGGGUGCAGUACGUCAUCGAGGGCCUCUACGAAACGCGUCGGAAAAAGUUCUCAGAUCAUCCUAUGGUACUGGAGGAGCUAGACCUGGUCGAGGAUGAAGACCAGAUCACCCAUGAGGUGGAUCUCCUGGAUGAGACCAUCAAGGGUGAAGAGACCCUGAACAUCUUCAAGGCCAUUCCGCCCGAGCAGUAUGCCGCGGACGAGGCCAAGUGGAAGCUCAUCUCCAGCGAGAUUCUGGGCUUGGAGCAGGAUGAGGGCAGCGAUAGCAGCGACGACUCCGAUGAGGAGGCGGACGCCGCUGCAGAUCGCCGUGCCCAGGAGAAGAUCUUGGACUUCACAGAACAAGACCUGGUCAACCUCAGAAGGUCCAUCUACCUGGUGAUCAUGUCCUCCGUGCACUAUGAGGAGUGCGUGCACAAGAUCCUCAAGCUGAACAUCGCGGAGGGCCAGGAGAAGGAGGUCUGCACCAUGCUCAUUGACUGCUGCGCUAUGGAGAAGAUGUUCAACAGGUUCUUCGUCCUCCAGGCAGAGCGCUUGUGCCGACUGAACCCCGUGUAUCAGGACAAUUUCACGGAGUCGUUCGGCGUGCAGUUUAACACUGUGCACAGGCUAGAAACCAACAAGCUGCGAAACAUCGGAAAGUUCUUCGCGCACCUGCUGUACACGGAUGCGAUUCCAUGGAGUAUCUGGGCCCAGGUGAAAAUCACGGAAGACACAACAACAUCAAGCUCCCGUAUCUUCAUCAAGGUGAUAUUCCAGGAGCUUUCCGAGCAGUGGGGCGUGAAGAAGCUGGUGGACCGCCUCAAUGAGGAUGAGCUGAAGCCCUUCUUCACCGGCCUCUUCCCAAAGGACCACCCGAAGAACGUCCGCUUUGCCAUCAACUACUUCACUGCCAUCGGUCUGGGAGUUCUCACGGAGGACCUACGUGGCUUCCUUGAAGAAGCCAAUGCUCGGGCAGCCCACGAAGCGCAGCGCGCCGCAGAGGAGAGGGCCAUGGAUGAGGAGUCCUCCUCAUCCUCCUCCAGUAGCUCGGACUCGUCCUCGGACUCGGACUCGGAUUCAGACUCAGACUCAGACGACUCAGACUCAGACAGCUCCGACUCCUCUGACUCGUAA